CGGAGGGUGGGCGAGCUCCUCGGAAGAUCUUACCCGCAGCCAUGAGCGGUAAAGAAUGCUUCAAGUGUGGACGCAAUGGUCACUGGGCCCGGGAAUGCCCUAAGGGAGGAGCUCGCCAAAGAGGAUUUAGAAGCAGUGACAGCGGUCCACAGUGCAGUUCUGCCAGCCAGUCUGACAUCUGUUAUCGCUGUGGUGCAGCUGGUCACUAUGCCAAGAAUUGUGACCUCCAGGACAUCUGCUACAGCUGCGGGAAAAGUGGCCACAUCGCCAAAGACUGUCCUGAGCCUAAACAACAAAAAGAACAAUGCUGUUACACCUGCAGUAGACCAGGCCACCUGGCUCGAGACUGUGACCAACGAAAAGUGCAGAAGUGCUACACUUGCGGUGAAUCGGGGCACAUCCAAAAAGACUGUGCACAAGUCAGGUGCUACCGGUGUGGUGAGACCGGCCAUAUGGCCAUGAGCUGCAACAAGGCAAGCGAAGUCAACUGCUACCGCUGUGGAGAGGCUGGACAUAUAGCCCGGGAAUGCACCGUGGAGGCAACAGCUUAGUUCCCUCCCCUACCUCCCCCUCUACUGCUGAUUAGUUGUACUUUCUCUAAAAUCUCUUCACUGAUCAAAAGGUUAAUAGAUGGAGGCUACCCUCAGAACAGCAAAGUUUACUUGCUGUGUUAAAGGAGGAAAGGGCUGGAGGAAAAAAAAUCAAAAAAAAAAAAAGUUACUACAAUUAAUGUUCUGUGUCUGUGCCACUGAGAAAUCCAGAUAUUGAAUAGUCAUUCAAAGCAGUAGACAAUUUCUGGAUUUUUUAAGUGUAUUUUGUUUGUCACAUUCAAUUAGAAGUUACCAGUGAAUAAAUCAGAGCGACUUUUGGAACACAGCCCUUGAAUCUACUAAAAUACGCAGUGUGUUUGAUAAAGGUAAAUUGCCUCGAAAAAAGGAACACCAAGUAAAAAAGAAGAGAAACUGUAUUGUGGAGGGGGGA